UCUGUCCGCCUCCGGACCACCCAAUAAUCCAGCGCGCCUUCAAAAUAAGCCCCAACCCCUUCCCCGUAUCCAAACCGGAGAAGCCGCCUCCACUACCAAAGCGAUCGCACCGCCCGCCAACGCCCCCUCGCUCCCCAUCUUCCAGCGCCCUUCCUCUCUCAAAGUUUCCGCGUCCCACCCAAGCCGCCACUCCGUCCUGUGCGCCUCCGUCACUCUCUCUUAUGCACAGGAAAAAGGAUUAAAAAAAACUUUUUUACAUUUUCUGCCAGCUUUCCGACACCAUUAAUGCUCCAAUAACCUAGACACCUUUCUCUGUGCCUUCGGCGGACUCGCAGAGUCAAAACUCUACCGCGAAAUUUUACCUGCACACUAAACCCAGCUCACGAGAUAUUGCAUAACCUACCUUUGCUACCGCUCGCCGACUUAGAUGAAGAGCAGGCAAUUUAUCUUAUGUAAACCUGCUUGUCACCCUAUCGCCAAUAAAAGCAAGCCAGCCACAACCCUAUAUCCAGGAGACACUGAAAUAUGAACAGAGUUAUCUACUUUCUUCAAAAUAUCUGGAGCUCAAUAUUUUCUCGCGGCCCUAAAGACAGCGAUGACCUUACCGACAAGCCCUCCUACACUGACUACUUGGAUCGUUCGCACUCGUCCCCGUCUCUCAAACUCAUAUCAGACCAAACAGAGCAAUUUCUCUAUGACGUAGAUGUACUGUCACUCUCCGCAUAUUGCGCACUUUUUUUUGACUAUUCUGCUCUUUCCAUGCACAAUCGCCAUCCGCUGCUCACAGCGUCCGUGCCAAAGGCCGCACCGACGUGCGAAUCCAAUGUGAUCGUGUGUCGCUGUGCGUAGUUCUAUCGCUACAGCAGCGUGCAGAGGCAGGUCUCGCUUCGUAGCGAGGGAAAAACCGCGCGCGCUCGCAGUAGGCGUCUGGUACAAAAUGUGCAUGACAAGCGUUGUGGAAGUUUUUUUUCAAAGACGAGUGGUACUGACGCGUAGAAAUAUAUGUAGGAUAUUAAUACCUAUUUUCCGGGAGUCUCAGUUAAAGACCUUUUGAUAAAGCCGGAAAUAGGCUAUCGAGUGGAAGUUGGCGGCAGAAAUGGGGAAGUGGCGCUUAAUUACGUGUUGGAAGACGCACAGAGCAAUAGCAUCGCCUACUACCAAAACACUUUUUCUUUGAAAAAACAUGCAAAUUACAUAGGCGGGAGCGGCGCUAGUCCUGUAUUGAUCUCAGUGAUGAAGAUAAAUAGAGUCAAGAACCAGUGCAAUUAUGUGGCGAUCGUUCGUACUAAGUAUUGUGACAAGGUUUAUCAUUUUGUUUCCAAGAACGACAGAGUGGCGAUUAGACAUAUUCAAAAUCAACACCCUUUUCUUAGGGACGUGCGUCUGACCCGUGUGAAGAACCCCCUUUUGGUGAAGGACUUGGUGCACAUAGAGGACCGCUUAUUACCAAAGGGAUACAAGUUCGGGGUAAUAUAUGCGGCAAGAGAAAGUGAUGAGAAUCUGAUUUUUUCGAAUAACAAUCCUAGCGAUGGGUUUCUAACAUUCAUGAAGUGGCUAGGAAAAAGGAUCAAGUUGAAGGGAUGGAAAAAGUUUGGCGGCGGUCUUGACUUGAAUACUGACACAACAGGAACUCACUCCUACUUUACGGCAUUCCAGAACUUCGAUAUCAUGUUUCACGUAUCGACCGAAUUACCUUAUUCUGAUAAAAACGGUCAACAAGUUGAGCGCAAGCGGCAUAUAGGAAACGACAUCGUCAUCAUCAUCUAUCAAGAUGGGUUGCCAGACCAUCCAUUUGAGGCAACUUCUAUAAAGAGUAAAUUCAACCAAGUCUAUUUCGUCGUUCAAGAAGCAGGUGUCUUAGAUGAUUCAUUGGCUAGGCGACCCGCCAAAAAAAGCAGCAAAGCCUCCAUGAGCUACGAAGGCAGUAAGGAUUUGCGAAGGUCUAGCAACAAUCGGCUGUAUAAGCUAGCCGUGGUGUCUAAGCAGGGCGUCAAACCUUAUGGUCCCACUCUUCCUCGCUUUGGGCAUAUGUGGAAGCUGGACAUAACAUUUAAAAAUUUUUUGUUGACUAAGCUUAUCAAUGCAGAGAGAGCCGCAUACUACACACCAGAAUUCGCCAUGACAAGAACGAGAAGGCUGCUCUUGAAGGAAAUACUCGAUAAAUACUGACGGGAUGGAGAAAAAAGAAAACAACUCAAUCGGGAAAACCCUGCGUAUGCGGGGGAUAUACUGAGUUGCGUGCAUUAGUCGGCCAAUUCAGCGAAAGAAAAAGCAAUCGUUGACCUUGCUACUCCAUCUAGAUACAAAAAGAAAUGCGGAAGGUGUUCUUAGAAGAUUGAGAAAAUAAUGUAGCGAGAAAAAAAAAGCAAAUAACACAUAAAAGAGACAAUUUAUUUUAGCUCUUCAAGAAUAUACAGAGAAAUUUUUUCAGUCGCAAACUGUUGCAGGAAAACGUUGCGCAGGCAAAGAUGUAUUCUUCGACCCGUUCGUGUUCGAAAAGGCCCAGAAAGCCUCAUAAUGUUCAAAUCGUGCUUCCAGGAGAAAUCACUGCCGAUGAACAAGGUGCAAUGAGGUUUGUAUACCGGAUGAAGCAUUCAGAAAAAAAAACUCACCGACUCAUCGGCUGGGGAAAAGGAAGGAGAUCUGCAACAAAAAAGCGCGCCUGUCUAUGUCUAAAAAAAAACUAAUCUCAGUAUAUGUGGGGUGGUCGAUGUGGACGCAUAUAUACAGAGGCCACGGGACUUAUUUGGAGGACAAGAAGUUGAUUGCGUCGGUGAGUGGAAUUGUGGACAGGAUCGGAAAAUUGGUAUCGGUUCGUCCAUUGAAAUCAAGGUACUAAUGAAAAGAAAUAAAAAAAAAAAAAUUCUAACUUUUUUGUCGACAAGAUACACAGGAGAGCUUGGUGACGUGGUUAUUGGUCGAAUAAUCGGACUUAGUUCUGAUAGAUGGACUUUGGAUAUCAAUGCUCGCCAACACGCAACGCUCCUGCUUGGCUCAAUCAACCUUCCUGGCGGAAUUCACCGCCGCCGCACAAUCGACGACGCAUUACAGAUGAGAAACUAUUUUGUCGAGCAUGACGUGAUCGUUGCUGAUGUUCAGACGACUUAUCAAGACGGAAGUAUCAGUCUUCAAGUUCCUCGGCUUUUAGGAAAGCUCGGAAACGGAACUUUGGUCACGGUUCCUCAUACGCUCAUCAAACGAGUCAAAACACAUUUCUGCGAAUUGCCUUGCGAAGUCGAAGUUAUUUUAGGGAACAAUGGAUACAUCUGGGUUACGCCUACUCUCAGUGAGGAAGAAAAAGAGAAUAGAGAGCAACAGGGCGACCACCCUUCUAUGAUUUCUAAGCCGGUUUCUGUUGAGCUGAGACAAAAAAUAGCUCGAGUUCGCAAUUCUAUCGUCGUCCUUGCCCAAUUGUUCCUUCCUAUCCACCCAGAUUAUAUUAUGGAGGUAUAUAAUGCGAGCCUGAAGUACCAUGCAAAGGAUAUGCUGAGGGAAGAGGUUAUUGACCGAAUUACUCAAAAAGUGUGGGAGAUGACCUCUUAGGCGCAUGUCCGUCCGCCAAUUUGGUCUCGUAUAUAUAAUA